AUUUCUGCAACGCUGAACGCCGCAACGCGUGCAAACUUUGUUCGUGUCCUUGUGUAAUUAAAAUUGAACUGUGGCCAUGAGUGCUGAACGAAUGUUGCAGCAGAUUGGACUUCUUAAAGAGUUUGUAAAACUCUGUACGGGUGACCCGGACAUAUUACAUCAAAAGGAACUGAAAUUCUUCAAAGAUUGGCUGGAGAGUAUGGGUGCAACCAUUCCUCCCCCAACAGAGCCAGAAGAAACUCCCAAGCAACCUACAGAGGAGAAAAAACCAGAGCAAAAGCCGGAACCAACACCAGCCCCUGAGCCAGAACCAGAGAGUGAGGAAAGUGAUUUAGAGCUGGAUAAUACAGGUGUGAUAGAGGACAAGGACACAGAGCUGCCCGAGGAUGGAGAUGACUCUAAAGAAGUUACCGAGGAGAUGAUGGACUCAGCCAAUGAAAUGCGAGCUCAGGCAAUGUCCGCUUUCAGUGAAGGGAAUUUUGAUGAAGCAUUAAAGUUGUUCACAGAGGCAAUCAAAAUUAACCCCCAGUCUGCUUUGCUGUAUGCUAAAAGAGCAAGUAUUUUUAUAAAACAGAAGAAACCAAACAAAGCGAUACAUGAUUGUACAAAAGCUAUUCAACUGAACCCGGACUCUGCCCAGCCUUACAAAUGGAGAGGACGAGCCUACCAUCUACUUGGAAAAUGGGAGGAAGCCUACCAUGACCUCACCAUGGCAACUAAGCUAGACUUUGAUGAUUUAGCCAAUGAAUGGCUGCAUGAGGUCACUCCAAACGCAAAGAAAAUCAUGGAGCACAACAGAAAAUAUGAGAGGAAAAGAGAAGAAAAAGAAAUAAAAGCUAGAAAGGAAAGAAUGAGAAAAGCAAAAGAAGAGUAUGAACGAGCCAAGACAAGUGCCGGUAGUGGUGGUGCAGGAGGAUUUGGAGGAGCAGGAGGAUUUGGGGGUUUCCCAGGGGGAUUUCCAGGUGGCAUGCCUGGUGGUAUGGGUGGUAUGCCUGGAGGAAUGGGUGGUAUGCCUGGAGGAAUGGGUGGUAUGCCAGGAGGAAUGCCUGGAGGAAUGGGAGGAAUGCCUGGAGGAAUGGGUGGAAUGCCUGGAGGCAUGGGAGGCAUGCCAGACUUAUCCAAUAUCAUGAACGACCCAGAAAUUGUACAGGCUUUCUCUGACCCAGAGGUAGCGGCUGCCUUCCAGGACAUCAGUCAGAAUCCCCAGAAUAUGAUGAAAUACCAGAAUAACCCCAAAGUUCAAUCUCUCAUUAAUAAAAUGGCCGCCAAAUUUGGAGGCAAACCACCAGGUGGACCACCGAUGUAAAGUCAAGGAACUGUUGUGAAGAGAGUAUGAAAGAAGAAUGAAAAGCAGAAGCUGUGACCUGUAAAGUCAAAUCUGUAUUCAGUAUAAUUAUGUAUAUAACCAUGCAUGUUCUGUAUUUCAGAUCCUAGCAAAUUAAUUUCUUUUUUUUAUUCCUGUUUAUCCAAGCUUGUACAAAGUUUGACUGUGUGAGCUGAUUCAGAAAGUUCACUUAAAUUGAUCAAUCUAGUAUAUGCAAUUAACUAUUUGUAGUUUUCUUUUGAACUUGGUUGUUCUGACGCACUCAUGUAUAAUCAUACUUCUCACUAAAAACUGAGUCUCCAUUAGAUUGUGCAUCUUAUGUUUGAAGUUACAUUUUUAGAAUUCCCCUCACAAUUCACGAUGCAAAUUCCAUAAAACCUAGAUACGCACUUUUUAAAAAAAUCUUACUUAAUGGUAAACUUGAUCAAGUUUUUUUUAGAGACCAUUCCAAAAUAAAGUACCUACAUUUUCAGUUGCUGCACACUUAAUCGUCAUCAAGUAUAGGUGACUUGUCUGAACACAUUUACAAAAACAUUUUGUAUUGUGAAUUGUUUUUGCCUACAAGAAGGGUGCAAGUUCUGUGUUUAUCAGUAGUACUGGUAUAUGAUGGUUUAUUUGUUUUCAUUAAAGGUAUGUACUAACUGUAA